AUGCCUUCAAAUUUGAUUAUUAUAUUCGUUUUUUUCAAAUGUAUAGCGCUGGCACAUUCAUUGUAUUCCGUAGCUUUUGAGUGUGGCAAACCAUCUAUUUAUCUAAAUAAUCAGCUGUGGGUUACUGAUCACACUCAAGGUUGUCUAAAUGAUGAGGUUUCAAUUUUAAAAUACUGCAACAAAGUUUAUAGCGAAAGAAACAUAACCAAAGUUGUCGCAGCUCCACCGAUUGAUAUUAAUCUUUCAGACUGGUGUGAAUUCACUCCUGGAAAUCUUGAGAAAUGCCAAAACCUGCAGCGAGAAAGAUAUGAAAUCAAACCUUUCAUAUGUCUUGAUAGUGUCCCAAUGUCAACAUUAUUUGUUCCAAAUGGUUGCCAACUGAGUAGUCUAGACAAUGAUCACACUUAUUUGUGUGAAAACCAUAGGUUUUGGGAGGAUUCAGCUCGAAAUUCGUGUCAUAAGCGUAAUAUGAGGUAUCAGAACUAUUUACCCCUCAAACCAUGUAUCAAACAAGAAGAUUUCUCUGCUAUCCAUUUCACAGCAGCUAAAGUUGUUUGUUGUGCAAUGUCUGACUCUUCUAAAGUGCCUGCAACGUCAGUUCCGUAUUCAAAGGAUGUAAAUAAUUCAGUACUGAAUAAAAUUCAUGUCGUAGACGAUAAAGCAGUUUCUGCGGAAAAUGUUUCCAGCGAUGACAAGAACUUUAUAAAUUAUUUAGCAUUUUCAAACCAGAAGUCUCCUUCAGGUCUGUUAGUACCCGAGCGCGAACGUUACAGUAAAGCUAAACAGGCAGUUUCUAAUGCCUUGCACAACCGGGAAAAUGUUUUAAAACAAGAAUUUGUUGAUGCUGAGUCAUUGAUUUCUGAUGAAGACUGGCAAAACAAUCCGGUGAAGAGCCAAUUGGCAGAAGACAGUUUAAUCCAAGAGUUUCUCAGCAAGUUCAUUGGGCUAGAAAAUGAAUCCGAACGUGAUCGUAAAUCUUUGGAAAUGGUUCAUCGACAACGAAUUGAAAAUCAACUGCUUGAACGUAGAAGAGCAAUUGUUGAUGCUUGGGAGAGAGCUAUCAACACCGAAAAGCCUAACAAUUUCACUUUAUUCGAAAUGUUAAAACGUCUACUUCAAGUUAUUGAGCAUGAUCGAAGUCAUUUUGUUAAAAGACUAGAGCGUUUACGCACUACAGAUCCAUCUGAAGCUAUUCGGCAAUUACCGUCUAUUAAAGAAAGUCUAGUUAGCCUUGAUAUUCUGCUUAAUGAAAGUUUAGAAAAGUUAAAUAUGCAUCCAAAAUUAAUGCCAGAUUUAUUAACUUAUGCAAAACGUCUUCAACAAGAUAAAUAUGGUAAAUUAGAAGCUGAAUUAAAAUCAAUUGCCAUCGCUAGUGUAGCACUACCAGAUAGUAUUAAAUUGCCAACAUUUCAAGAACAAGCAUCAUUAAAAGCUGAAAAGGUAGUGGCUAAAUAUCGUCAUCAUUUGGAACCACUAUCGUCGUCAUCAUCUUCGGAGAACUCGGUGAAUAAUAAUGUUAUGAACAAGAGUCGAAAUAAAUCGGUAAAUCGUCAAAAGAAACUCAUGGUACUAUUUAAUCCAAUGAAUUUAAGUAAAAGUAAAGACAAUUCGAUUUGGUUUCCUCAUAUAAAAACAACGACGAUGGCGACAAAAACAACAACAGCAACAACAAUGGCAACAACAACGCCUAACCUUGUCGAUUUCGCUUCAGAAUCAGUGUUAAGCACUGUUGAUUACUCUUCAUAUAAAUCAGUUCAUUCAACUAGUAGGAGUGGCGAUAAUCAAAUUUUAGAAAAUGAAACGAACUCAAAAUAUUCGACAGGUCAUUAUACUACUGACAAUACUGUUUUGUUUAACUCAACCUCCUCACUGAACAAUACAUCCAUGCAUUUAUCCAAUCAAAGUCAAGGCAAUAAAGCAGCUUAUAUAUCAUUAAUUAUUUUAGGCGUACUAUUCACUUGUAUUUGUCUGCUGUUAAUUACCCGACGUUAUCUCGCUUCACUUCGAUAUAAUCGUAAAGGUUAUACACUGACAGUAGUUGAAGUCGAUGAAGUCAUAACACCAAAAAUGAAUGAUUAUUCACCAGAAUUUUUACCAGUAAGAAAAAAUCGUCGUCGUCAUCACCAUCAUCAACGAGGGCGACCAUUUUCAUCCUCUUCAACAUCUUCAAUAUCAAAACAACCUACUAACCAUGAUGAUGAUGUAAUACAUAAUUGGCAAAUGAACGGUUAUGAAAAUCCUGCGUAUAAAUUUACUACAAAUCAUACAAAUAAACGAUUUAUCGGUUACCCAUCAGGUAAUGGUAUGAUUGCUGGCGAUGUCAAUGGUAACACUGACACUGACGCUGAUGUUGGUGGCGUGGAUAAUCCUUUUCAUCAUGAUAAUAAUAGUUUUGAUGAUUUUGAAAUUUAG